CCACUUCUUCUUCACUUCUCUCCUUUGUUUCUCCUCUUCUUUCUCUCUGUCAAGAAUUCAAGAUAUUCUCUCUUUUUUGUUCAAGACAAGAAAGACAGGAGUGGUUCUUGUAAAGAAAGAAACAAAGAUCAAGACAUAAGAAAGACAAGAUGUUGUUAGGGAAAAGACCGCGUCCUCCAAUGAAAAGAACAACAAGUUUAUCAGAGAUCACUUUUGAUCUUGAUACCAAUGGCAGCUGUGAAUCAGCUCAACAGGCCGCCGGUUUUGGUGGUGAUGGAACUGGUACUGGCGGCGGCCAGCAGCAGCUAGAUCAACGGUUCUUGGCUGCUGCCACCAUUUCACCUAGAAACCAUAGAAGAGCUUCUGCCGAUUUCUUGGAAACUGCUCAUUUUUUGAGGUCUUGCUCUCUUUGCCAUCGCCGUUUGGUCACCGGUCGUGAUAUCUAUAUGUACAGAGGGGACAGUGCGUUUUGCAGUCUAGAGUGCAGGCAGCAGCAAAUGAAUCAAGAUGAGAGAAAAGAGAAGUGUUCAUUAGCUUCCAAGAAAGAAGUUACAUCCUCCACCGUCGCCGGAGCAGAUGUCUCCGCCAAAGGAGAGACGGCUGCUGCUUUGUGGGGUCACGUACCAUUCAAACACCAUCCAGCUAAUAGCCCUCUUAAUUAUAUAUAAAAAAUAUAUAUGUCUAAAGUGUAGAAUUAUAUGCAUAUGGGGUUUGAGAGGCAAGCUAUACAUAUGUAUAUAUCUUUCUCGUAUGCAAAGAGAAAAAAGAAAAAAAAAAGAAGAAGGGCGUUUUGAAGCUGUUAUUUUAUGUGGACCCACAGCUCACACAAUUAAGCACCAGCAGCAGCAGCUCCAAUCUGUAAUUCUUCCUUAGUGGGUUUUUCUUUUGUCUAAAUAUCACUUCUUUAGUUUUGUCUUGGCAAGUAAAGGGAAGAAAAUUGCAGAUUCA